UCUGUGGUCACAUUUGAAUCCAGGUCCUCCUGACUCCAGGCCUGGUGUUAUAUCCACUGUGCCACCUAGUUGUCCCUGCUCCAUAGCCUCUUAAAAGUUCCCCCAUGUCCCUUUCUUGUCUGAGUCCCAAUCAAGGCACUUGGCUUUUAGCAGAUGUCUCUGUUGCCAUCCCUUUCCUAUUCUGUACAAGUACAAAAGAUGGUUUGGCCUGGAACCUGAGUUUCUUGAUCUGGAAUUCUACUCUUUGAGAUUUCAGAGACUUCUCAGGGGAAUGAAGAGAGAUGGAGUGAUUGUCCAUUUGUCCCUCCUCCCUUUCUGGUCAAGCCUCCAAAUUGCCUGCUAGCUUUCUUAUGCUUCAGGACACUCCAAGAUGUAGGGGCUAUUUAGUAAGUUCGAAGUAGCCUUAAUAGAAGGCCUCUAAAUAGCUUCUCUGGAAACAGCUAACAAUCACCAUCCAACUUUUCGCAGAGAUGGUAAUUGAGGGUGAAAAAGGGGAAAGGGAGUGAACAGGGAGGGACACCGAUCCAGAGACUACAGCAGAAAACUAGGUAGUACAGGUACAUAGCUGCGUUAACUCUGGGCACUCAGAAAGUAACUUCAAAUCUUGGGAUGAACGCUUGUUAAAUUUAAACUGGGCUUCAGUUUCCCCAUUCAUCAAAUGAGAGAGUGGUGAAGCUCGACUAAAUGUUUUUUAGUCAGGUCCCUUCCCCUCUCUGGGUCUGUUUUUUUCAUCUAUAAAAUGGGGGUUGGACAAGAGUAGUCUUUAACGUACACUAGAAAGCGGUAAAAAGAGUAGCAGACCUGGAGGAGUGACCGAACCCAAGUAGCAAGGUCUGCUCCGGGAGUCAGACUGGAGCAAAUUCAGGGCAGCGCUCAGACCACGCCCCCAAAUGCCACGCCCAUUGCUGCUGACCGAGCCCCUUGCCGGGUCCCGCCCCCUUCCCUAGGGGCCUCAUAGAGCUGCUUCGCCGGAAGUCUGCUUUUCAAAUGGACCCUGUCACAGCGGCUUCGGGUCCGCAGCAACAGGGGUGAGGAAAAAGUGAAGGCGGGACUUCCCGUCUCGUGCCCCAGUAGCUUCCGGCGAGGGCCGGAAGACCCGGUACUAGGAGGAAUCAGGGGCUGCCGGUGGCCCCCCCCCCGCCCCACCUCCCCCGGACGGGCAGGUGAGAUCCGGGACUGUCCCGGCGCAUCCAAGACGCCUGGACAGGUUAGGAGAGGGCCCUCGGAGAGGCACGGUCGGGCUCGCCCCCCUGCCCCGGUGCCGGGCGCUACACUCCCUUCUCCUCCAGCCGGUACUCUCCGUUUCCCAGGACCCCCCGCGGCCGCCCCUCGGCCCCUCCCUCCGGGUCCUGGCCCCGCCCCCGCUUGCGAGAGGGGAGGUGGGGCGUGACCUCUGACCCCUACCCGGGUCGUCCCCAGGGCCCGGAGCGAAACUCCAGGUCAGGCCCGGGUCUUGAACGCAGGCCCCUGUCCCUGCCCCUGCCCAGCUUCAUUCCCGGGGGAGCCAUGAGGGUACUGACCUCGAACCGUCCUUUGAGUGGGGCAGGUGCCAUGUCCUGAGAUGGGAGGAAUGGGCGAGGGAGCCGCCCCCUCCGAGCCCUCCUCAUCCAACAAAAGAGUUCAUUAAGCUCCUCCUUCGGGCCGAGCGCCAUGAAGUGACCCUACUGGGGAUGGUUGCCCUCGAGGAGCUUGCCCCAGUCCAGCUGGAUAGCCAUGGCGGGGGAGUUUUGUGUGUGUCCUUGGGGUAUGAGGAUGGUGUAAAUUGCCUACCGUGAUUCCCCUGCAGGGAAGAAUCUGGGGUUCCAGUCUGGCCCAGCUUUCUAAUCCCAGAGAUGGAGAAUCACCCCAAGGGUAGAUGGGGUCCAGUGAAGCAUCUCUGAUAUCCAGAGAACGUCCACUGGGGCAGGGUCCCUUUUCUCCCCUCCCCUCAGGGCCUUUCUGCCCUCACACUUCUCUUGAAGACACUGAAAACUUUCCUAACCCCACAAUAUCUUAUGAGACCUUAAAACUGUCCCCACAGCUUUGAGGGCAAAGGGGAAAUAAAAGGGCAAGUUUGGGAAUCUUCAGGUGGCAACAUUUUGUCCUAAAAUGAGUGUCUUGUUCAUCAGAGGCCACACCUAUUUUACAGCAAAUCUACUUGAAAUGUGUUUUUUCCAACACCCUCAAAAACAAAUUCUAAAACACUGAUCCUUGAAGAACCUGGCAUGAUCCAGGACUCAAAGAAUGUUUUUCCUACCUUCAUCUUAGUAAUAUUGCAUACUGAGAGACCCAAAGGCUUGGGAUUAGAAAACAGAUCCAAGAAGGGAUUGCAUUUCUUGAUAUUUGGAAAUUUGUGGUACACAUUGCAGGACAGAAGUUUUAUUCUUGGUUGCAGGGGAUUCUCCCCUCCUUAUUUUCCCUCAAGUUGGGACAGUUAUGACCAAAGCAGGAGAUCACAGUUGCCCUCUCCAGGCCCCAGCUAAUACUCUCCUCCUUGUGCCCCUGCAGCUCAGACCCAGUGAGAAUUCCAGCCAUGGAACCACCUGAUACCACCCUCAUUGAAGGCGUGGGCAAUGAGGUGACAGUGGUGGUGGGUGUGGUGGUGCUGGCGUUGGCCCUCAUACUGGCCUGGCUCUCCACCUACGUGGCAGAUGCUGGUAGUAGCCAGCUCCUGGGCACCAUUGUGGCAGCUGGUGACACCUCUGUGCUCCGUCUUGGUCAUGUGGAACAUCUGGUCGGGGGGCCAGGCACCUCGGAGCCAGCUGAGCCCACCCAUCUUGAAGAGGGUACUGAGGAGAAAGCUGAGGAGGAAGGUGGGGGGGACUCAGCAGGUGAGCCUGGUGCUGGGGGUGCGGUUGAGCCAGGCCUCGACCACCUGCUUGACAUACAGGGACUGCCUAAUCGGGCAGCUAGUGGUGAGGGCAGCAGUCCAGAAGCUUCCCUGAGGUCUGAGGGUAGCACCCACCUUCUACCUAACUCUGGCCUCAUCAACAUUCGACUCAAAUUCCUCAAUGACACAGAGGAGCUGGCUGUGGCCAGGCCUGAGGACACCGUGGGCACCCUCAAAAGCAAAUACUUUCCUGGGCAGGAGAGUCAGAUGAAACUGAUUUACCAAGGCCGCCUGCUGCAGGAUCCAGCUCGAACUCUUCGAUCCCUAAACAUCACUGACAACUGUGUGAUCCACUGUCACCGAUCACCCCCAGGGCCAGCAGCUUCUGGCUCCUCUGCAUUGCCCACUUCUCCCACCACAGAGCCUCCAGGUCUCAGCGUCAAUGUGGGCAGCCUUAUGGUGCCUGUAUUUGUGGUGCUGCUGGGUGUAGUCUGGUACUUCCGUAUCAACUAUCGACAAUUCUUCACGGCACCUGCUACGGUUUCUUUGGUAGGGGUCACUGUUUUCUUCAGCUUCCUGGUUUUUGGGAUGUAUGGACGAUAAAGACACUAUGAGGGUGGGAAGAAGAGUCACAGUCUUCCUUCCCUACCCCAUUUCCCUGCCCAGAGUUGGGUGCCAAGGGCCCCAGGUUCAGUGGUGGUCAGUAAAAGGGAUGUGGCCCCUCUGUGGGAAGUGGGCAUAUGACCUCUUCCAUGCCCUCAACUCUACCCCCAAACAAGGUGACCAUGCCCCUUCCCCUGCCCUUUAACAACUCUCAGGUAGAAAUAAGGACCACCCCCUCAAAAAAAAGACACAUACCCCUGAUGCCAGUACGAGUGACUCUCCUCCCCCACAGUGGGCUCUGUGCUCAUAAUCCCACUUGAAAGAGGUGCAGGCUUAGGUGACCCUAGAAUAUAAAGGGGCUCCCUGCCAGCAGCCCCCAUCUCUUUUGUGUGCCACCAGCUUUGCACGCACUAGAGCCCCUGGCCUCUCUAGCUUCCCAUGUGGCCACUCUAUAUUGGGUAGCCAGCUAGGGGAGCACAGCAGUAUCCAAAGCAUGCAUCUGCCAGGGACAACAAGGCCCCUGUGCCUAGUCAUUGGCCAAACCACCUUCUCCUGUUUCAGUGGUCAAUAGUUUCUUUAUAAGAUGACCAAAUCUAGUUUGUUUCAGGAAGGGAGUGAACAAGGCCAAGGUACCUCCUUGGACCUGCUCUUUUCAGCCCUUUGGCCCCUGAGUAGUGAUAGUAGGAUGGUUCUUAUGUUCUGGAAUUUCCAAGGUUCUCCCCUUUUCUAGAGCACUUUGCUUGCAUACCUGUUUUUUACAAAGCCCUUUACAGUUGAAUCAGAACUCUGGGAGUCAGAGGCAAGAAGUGCAGGAAUUAGGGCUAGGACUGCCUUCAAUCCAAGGCUAGGACACCAUGAAGAAACAUCUGCACUGUCAUGCCCUCUACUUCUAAAAUAACCUUGCCCUUGAGGCUCAGAGAUGUCUGCCCCUGAGGCUCCCAACUAGAUGGCCACUGCCUGUGAUUCAAUAAAGUUUUACUUUGGCCAGCCUUGGUCACUCAGA